AUGUCUAACAGUGUCUUGGCGCCCCUGCGGGCCAUGAUCCUCUCCACCUCGCUCGUCAUCUCCGUGUGCGUCGUCGACUCCAUAAUUAUUGCCUACGAUAGCUCCCUCAUGGGCUCUCUCAGCGUCCUGGGGUGCUACACCAGCUACUUUGGCAUCACGACGACGACCAAGGCGGUGAACUCAGCUGCCACCUGUAUUGGCGCCGUACUGCUCGUCCUCUUUUCUGGUCGCCUGAUCGAUGCCGGGAGCCGGGAGCUGGGCAUAGUGAUCAGCGCUCUGCUGAAUAUCUUCGGGGCCGUUCUGGGCUGCGCCUCGCAGUACAUUGCCAUGACAUCGGGUAGGCGCAGGUUUGGCGCAGACAUCGGCGGGCACGUAUGUUGGAGAGACUACGAGUCCGACCGACCGCCCUUUUGA